GGCCCGAGCUUUAGUGCUGCUGGAGGACUACUGCUCCAGACUGAGGAAACCAGAGGAGCAGCAACUAAAAGCAGCCAUUCAGCAAGUGAUGGGCAUUUUCAGAAGCAGUCUCUUUCAGGCACUCAUUGAUAUCCAGGAGUUUUAUGAGGUCACCCUGUUAAACUGUCAGAAAAGCUGUCAGCAGAAGCUGGAGGAGGUCAGGCACAUGGCAGAACAGUUUGAAACCUCAAUGAUCUGCCCCGGCUCCCCGAACACACACCCACUACCUGCUUGCCUACAUCUAGAGGUGAUGGAGAAAAGCCAAACGGAAAACCCGGCAGUGGACAUCAAUGCAGAGAACAGGCCGCCGGCGGUUCAAAGCUCCCAACAGCAGCAGACCCACUCUCCGGCCUGUCUGAACCCAAACCCCAACCCCAACCCCGCCCUGAUGAACUCGCCCUGGUAUCAUUAUCAGGAUGACGACUCACCACCCGAGCACAGUUACCCGCGGCUGACCGGCGAGGUGCGAGCACCAGAGCUGGUUCAUAUCUCUGAGAGGAACCUGUCAGAGAUCGAGAACGUGCACGGCUACGUCUCCCACUCACACAUUUCACCGCUAAAGGCCAGCCCUGCACCAAUCAUAGUCAACACAGAUACCCUGGAGUCAGUUCCUUAUGUCAAUGGUACAGAAAUUGAAUAUGAGUUUGAAGAAAUUACGCUAGAGCGGGGUAACUCAGGGUUAGGGUUUAGUAUAGCAGGUGGGACGGAUAACCCACACAUCGGAGAUGACCCAGGAAUCUUCAUUACCAAGAUCAUUCCUGGGGGUGCAGCAGCUGAGGACGGCAGACUACGGGUGAAUGACUGUAUACUUCGUGUGAAUGAAGUCGACGUAUCGGAGGUUUCACACAGCAGAGCCGUGGAGGCGCUGAAGGUGGCUGGCUCCAUUGUUCGACUAUACGUACGCAGAAGACGACCCAUGCUGGAGACUGUCGUGGAAAUCAAACUUAUCAAAGGACCAAAAGGGCUUGGGUUUAGUAUUGCAGGUGGUGUAGGAAAUCAACACAUCCCAGGUGAUAACAGCAUCUAUGUCACUAAAAUCAUUGAUGGUGGGGCGGCGCAGAAGGACAGCAGGUUACAGGUUGGGGACAGACUCAUCAUGGUAAAUAACUACACUCUGGAGGAGGUCACGCACGAGGAAGCAGUAGCCAUACUGAAGAACACGUCUGAUAUUGUGUAUCUAAAAGUGGGAAAGCCCACUAGUGUUUACCUUUCGGAUCCCUAUGGGCCUCCCGAUAUUACCCACUCUUUUUCCCCUGCUAUGGAUAAUCAUAUCUCUGGUAAUAACGGGACUCUGGAGUUCAAGUCCAGUCUUCCUCCCAUCUCCCCUGGACGCUACUCACCCCUGCCACGCCACCUUCUGGGGGAGGAGGAUAUUAACAGGUUGGAUGGCUUUUCAUUCUUACGAAAUUCCUCCUUAGAUGAUGGGGAGGGACACAGAUUUGAGUCCCAGCACUUCCAGUUGAGGCCUCCAGAGCCCGUUUACAGCACUGUGAAUAAACUGUGUGAUCGUGCCCCCUCUCCUCGUCACUACUCCCCUGUGGAGUUUGAUAAAAGCCCACUGCACUCCGUCCCUUUCCCCCACUACCAUGUAGGUGUGCUCCCUGACUCCGACAUCACCAGGGAGCCGAGGAAGAUUGUUCUGCAUAAGGGUUCCACGGGACUAGGCUUUAACAUCGUCGGUGGUGAGGAUGGCGAAGGAAUCUUCGUCUCCUUUAUUCUGGCUGGAGGACCAGCUGACCUCAGUGGAGAAUUGAGAAGAGGAGACCAGAUUCUGUCUGUAAAUGGAAUUGAUUUACGAGGAGCUACUCACGAACAGGCAGCGGCUGCUCUCAAGGGCGCAGGACAGACAGUGGCCAUCGUCGCUCAGUACCGGCCUGAGGAGUACGGACGAUUUGAGGCAAAAAUUCAUGACCUGAGAGAGCAGAUGAUGAACCAUAGUAUGAGCUCCGGAUCAGGGUCGCUGCGAACUAAUCAGAAACGCUCCCUCUAUGUCAGAGCGCUGUUCGACUAUGACCGGUUGAAGGACAGUGGCCUGCCCAGUCAGGGUCUUAGCUUCAAAUACGGAGACAUCCUGCACGUAAUUAAUGCGUCGGACGACGAGUGGUGGCAGGCACGGAGAGUCACUGCAGAUGGGGACAGUGAGGAGAUGGGUGUCAUUCCCAGUAAAAGAAGAGUGGAAAGGAAAGAGCGAGCUCGCUUGAAAACAGUCAAAUUCAAUGCCAAACCUGGCAGCAUUGACUCAAAAGGGUCAUACAGUGAAAAACGUAGAAAGAACUCCAUCUUUUCACGAAAGUUCCCGUUCUACAAGAACAAGGAACUAGAUGAGCAAGACGGCAGUGACUCAGAACGGAGCCAAGAGGAUACAAUCCUGUCCUACGAGCCUGUGCUUCGACAAGAAAUUGCGUAUGCCAGACCUGUGAUUAUUCUGGGACCCAUGAAGGACAGAAUCAACGACGAUCUCAUCUCCGAAUUCCCUGACAAGUUCGGCUCAUGCGUUCCACAUACCACAAGAGCGAGGCGUGAAUAUGAAGUUGAUGGUCGGGAUUACCAUUUUGUUGUAUCACGGGAGCAGAUGGAGAAGGACAUCCAAGAGCACAAGUUUAUCGAGGCCGGACAGUACAACGACAACCUGUAUGGGACCAGUGUCCAGUCAGUUCGAUACGUGGCUGAGAGGGGAAAGCAUUGCAUACUUGACGUAUCAGGAAAUGCCAUAAAGCGGCUACAAGUAGCACAACUCCACCCUAUUGCCAUAUUUAUAAAGCCUAAAUCUGCUGAAUCUUUAAUGGAGAUGAACAAGAGGUUGACGGAGGAGCAGGCUAAGAAGACGUACGACCGGGCCAUGAAGCUGGAGCAGGAGUUCGGCGAGUAUUUUACAGCUGUGGUGCAGGUCGAUACACUGGAGGACAUUUAUGCUCAAUGUAAGAUGGUGAUCGAGGAGCAAUCUGGACCUUAUAUCUGGAUUCCCUCCAGAGAAAAGUUAUAAGGAACAAACUUCCCUGCCAGGGACCCUGGACUGGCGAAAACAUAGGCAUCAUUUGUAACAUAUGAGAAAUGAACACAGUAAUGUUCAUAAUUAGAGUAAUUCUGAUUUAAUUUCUUUGUUUAUCUGUUAUCUGUUUCAUUAUUCAUGGUAUUUUUUUUCACUUUUAAUGAAUGUUCCUGAAUGUACACCACAAAGUGUUGACCUGGAAAAUAUGAAUCAUCUGUUUGUACUGAUUACAAUCUGGAAUUAAGGAAAAAUCAUCGGCUACAUAAAAAUAUUGUUACAUUGUAAUCUCCCUGAUCCCGACUGGCGUUUAAACAGGUCAGGACGCCGGAAGAUGGAUAAUCUUGAAACCACCGUCAUCACCCUCGCUUUAUAUUCGGCCGCAGUCCUGCAGAACCCUUCUCACCGUGAUCGUCUCCACCUGCCACUCUCUACUCGCUAACUUUAGGAUCUAUGCAUUCCCCUUUUUCAUUCAUACACUGAUUUUAUUUAUUUUCUUUUUACUCCCUUUUUAAAUCCUAUUUGUUUAAUGUAGCUGUUUCUAAGUGGGACUUUUGGGGGAAAAAAUCAGAUGCUUUAAUUCGUGUAAACUAAAAAAGGGAUACAGCUAGGUAUAGUAAAUAAUACUCUAUUUUGCUAUUUAUAUUGAUAUAGGGCACAACAGAAGAGAAAUAUUUAUAAAGUAUAACUUUGUUUAAGAAAAGCUACUUUUGAAAAGCAUAUUUUAUUGAUGUGAGAUGUAGAUGAUUUAGUCUGGGAUGUAUGUUGUUUGUUCUGUGAGAUUUAUGAAGGUUGUGUGUGUGUUUGUGUGUGUGCAUGUGGGAGUGAGUGCGGGUGUGUGGUUUGGGUCUGUUAGGGUAUAAGUGUGUGCAAUUGCAUUGUGGUGACCAGUACAUUCAUUUAUUAUCUGAAACUGGAGUGGAGGAGGCUGAAAUCCUUUAAAGUUUUAGGAUCCAAAUGUACAAUUUACACUUAAGUGUCAAAUUCUGCAAAUUGGUAAAAACAGAAGUUUUUGGCAAACCUGCAGCUCAUUAUAUUGGUCUGUAAUAAGUGAUUAAUAACAUGGCCAGAAUUUCAUGUGAUAAAAAAAGAUUGUAAGAUUGGUCUGACAGUUAUAACCCUCCAGUUUGUCUACAUUCAUUUGUAUUGUUGAGGGUUUCAGAUAUCCCAGUUCUGAAAGUAUAGCAAUACCACUGAUCAUUUAAAUUUACAAUUUUACCCUCCACAACUCCUCCAUAUAAAUCCUCAAAUACUAGAAACAUGGUAAUCAUUGACUUACCACACAAUAUUUUUAUACUUUGAUCGUUGCUUAUGGAUUCAGGUUUUUGGGUUCUCAAAAUGUAUGCAGAUUUAGUUUGUUCAGGUUUGCAUAUGCUGGCAUGAGACCCACUAUUCGGCCACUUUGGAAAUGUGUCAGUUGCCUCAAAGCUAAUUUCAGUUGUUGUGAAAUCUUACUGAGACCUGGUAAUUGGCCAUCAAACUAAUAGAACUCAUCUGUUCAGUUGUGUUUGUGAUUGUAAUUGAGUCACUGUAAAGUUAAGCUCCUAUUUCCACCCACUGUAUGUGUUCCUAAUAUAGUGUCAUUGGCUUUCAGUGACAUAGUGGUAGAAUGGUAGAAGAAGGCCAAGUUGUUACAACAAAGUUCCUCUUUCACUGAGCCCCACACACAGAUCUACUAAAGAGAUAUCCAUCUGUUUAUAACAUAUAAAGAAAAUAUAUGCAAUGCAAGUCAUAUUGCCAGAACAUGCACACACAUUUAUAUAGUAAACUAAUGAUACAUCAGUGUUGGAAACUCCAAACCACAAAGGUCACCUCAACCUCAACAGAGCAGAAAAUAAUGCUCUUGUUAUAAAGUUGGCAUGCAGUGUGUAGUAAGACUUGCUUAUGUAUUGGUCACCACUUUUUCCAAAGAUAAAUAAUGAAGAAUGAUUUUGACUUAAAGAGAAUUAUUUACUUGUUGCUCUGAGCAGUGUUUGUGAUUUAAAGGUUGACUGAUGUGAGGAUGGUAAAAGAGUGAAUUGUAACUAGUUAUUAGUAAACAACAGUGAAAUGAGUACUAUUAU